AUGUCCGUGGAGCAAGUGCGUAAACUACUUCAGGAUGAGUCGGUCAGGAACGAGCUCUUCCGCCAACUUGAGGCGGAACCUUUCGCUGCGGAUGAAGUUCGGCGUCUCUACCCGCACCUCCAUGAUCGCUGGCUUCAGAUCGGCGCUGCAAUUCAGGUUCCUUGGCAGUACGUCAUGAUCAUGGAGCUUGCUCUGGCUGCGGCCCUGUCCCCCACCGCUGUGCUCCUCGCUUUGCCGACGUUGAGGAUUUAUCCAGUGGUGUGGUGGUUUCUCUUCCAUCCUGGUGCCACGAACACCUCCGUGGUCGUUCGACUCUAUGCAGACGUCUUGGACUUGCUCGAGAUGGAUGUGAACAACACUCGCCGUGACAUGGCCAAGUCCUGGCAAGAAGAGAAUCCUGGUCGCGACGGGCGCAACCCGUUCGGUGGUGAGGUCAGCAUGACCAGCGGGUCUGGCUCGCUCGAGGGCGAAGGAAAGCUCAUGGCGAUGUCGCAGAAUCUGGGGCGGUCCGUCAGCUUCAUGACCGAAGGGAAGCGACUGCUGAAGUGGCUGCAGAACGAAGGGUCCGUGAAUGAAUCCAUUGUCGUGGAGUUGUGGGAGCGAAUGAAGUGGAAGCGAGCCACGGUUCACGCCGACCGCACUUUCACCGUCAUGUGUCCUUUUUUCCUCGCUGCUGGUGCCCUGCACGUCGAGGACCCGUUGGACCUCUACGUUCUCAACGACCCUUUGGGCGUACGUGGUCGUCUUGGACUCUUCUAUGCUCGUCCUACGUUCAAGCGGGCUGCAGAAGUGGAGCAGGCUGCAGCUUCCAUCACGACGGCACGCUUCGGUCUGGAAACUAACAUUGCAGGCGUGUUCAAGGCCGUCAUGAAAGCGCACGACCCAGUGCACUCGGCGUCACCAGCACAUUUCGAGCAGUUCAAGGGCUACCCCUUUCGCAUUUACGGCCUGAGCGAUGAAGCCAAGCAAGCUUUCCACGGCGUCUUUGACGAGCGCACGAAAGCGCAUGAGGAGGCGCAUCUUGUUGACAUGGGGAAGGCCAAGUUCCACUCCAAAGCGAAGACCAAGUUUCUCCGGCAUAGCCUUGUAGUUCACAUCUGCGAGCAAGCGCGACUGGGAUCCACCCCCCAGGCUUGGGCAGGCGAGCUGCCGGUCGCCGCGCUGCGCUUUGGCCAGCUCCUCUCUGACUACAUGGAUCGCGUGGAUGGCAUCUUUGCCAGCUUCGUAACCGACCUGAUUGGCCGCCUCGACCUCGCAGCUACAAACCCCGGUGGUCGACCAGGAUGCGGUUCUCAAGGCAGAGCUUCCAUGCGACAGCAAUUGCAGCAGUUGCUGCAGCUCCCCCAGACCUCUUUUCGCGAGUUGGCGCCUGCCACUGCAGUGGUUCUUCUGAAGCUGUGUCGUGCACUGCUCCGCAAGCCCGGGGCAUGGCUUGAUUCCGCGGCUGUCUUGAAGUCGUCGGACGUCAAGGAGAUAUUGAACGCCAUUCCGUUGGCAGAGCAGCUGCAUCAUUACGCGCGAGCGGUGCGUUUGCUGAAGUUGUGCAAGCUGGUGGAGAUGGGCCUGGGCACGAAUGCGCAUGGAACCCCACUCAUCUUCGCUGUCAAGCGCGUCAUGCCCGCUUCGACGGAGCCUGCUUAUGUCUACUAUGCCAAUGUGCUGUCCGCCUUUGGCCUGCGCUUCGGAGGCCACCACUCCGAGUACAGGGCCACGAACCAUCUGGGUCCGGACAUCGCCAAGCCGCCCGCAGCUCCGGAACUCGCGCUCGACCCCGCCUUGACACAGGAGGAGAGUGCUGCGAUUUGCGCGGUCCUCCAGUCGCUGGCCGCACACAGCUCAAACGCGGACUGA